AUGUUUCAACGUGGUACGACUCCAUAGUUUUGGCAGGCGUACUCUCUAUAACGUAAUCGUAUUAAUUUCCCACCUAAGGAAAGGCAUAUUUGAUAACACACUUCUUCUUUUUAGAUAUUUCCAGGAGAUUGCCCACUAACUAUUUUGGGGCGCUGAAAAAGAAAAUAGACGCAGGUACGCGUGCUCUUUGUAGUUUUCCUUUCAUCGAUGAAACAUCGAGAAAACAAGCGUACCAAAUAACGUGUGAGAACAACAUUUGAAAAGCCACAAUAAAGAAAAUAGAGAAAGGACAUGCAAGGUCCAUUUGGAAAAUAUAAUAUAAAGUAAACCAAUUACUUGAAGGAUAAAAUCCUCCCGAGGUAUAAAUUUCCCGAUUUCAAAAAGAGAUCCAAUGCUACCUACGUAUAACGCUUUGUUAAUACUCUGCUGUAGUAAGGUCAGAUACACAAACACGCAGUAACAGCAAAGUUCUUUUCUUGUUAGCUGACAAUUCAGUUCAUUUUUCAGAGAAAAUAACAGCCAUCUUCAACGAAGGUUCAAAGACAAAUAAAUCUCUCUGCACAGAAACGAAAAAUUUGGUAUUAAACAAAGGUAUUAAAAGUUUACAUAUUGAAACGCUGCAUGAUUAUCAGUUUUCUUCGUCAAAUUAACAAGGCAUAAAAUAUACUGAAAUAUUCAACGACUUAAAGUACAAAUGUAAUUACGAUGUUACAGGAAAUUUCUUUUCAAUUCACUAGAAGAGAAACGAAAGGAAUCACCUUGUGUAAUUUACCAUGCUUGAAUUAAGGAAUGAAUUAAGAGGUGCACACCAAAGAAAUGGCAAAGAUAGGGAUGCGCAGAGUUGCUUAUUAAGUCAAUUUUUCAUUUAGAUCCGAGCACCCUUAAACCGCACACUCAAAAGUAGCGAUUCCCAAGUUCACCAGUAUAAACUUCACCAAUACUUUAUUUUCGCUACCACGAAACUAAAAGAUACGUGCAGUUAAGAUAUCAAACAAGACAUUUAAAGGCAAAUGAAUCAGCAGUACGAAUGUACGUUUUUAAGAACUGUACAUAGCUACUAUGCGGAGAAGCGCAUAUUCUUAACUAUCACCUUACUAUGCUAAAUUAUUGUUCCAGAAAGAAACUUCGGUCUUGGAACCACCAGCUCUGCUGUGGACAUUCCAAGUCACCCAGAUGACCAGGUUACAGGUACAUGUACGCCAAAUUCAAAUAGAUUACCAUGCUUCCAUAUUUUCGCUAUCAUCAGCCUAAAAGAUACAGUUAAAAUAUCAAACACAAAUUUAAAGGGAAAUGAAUCAGCAGUAUGAAUGUACGUUUUUAAGAACUGCACAUAGCUACUAUGCGGAGAAGCGCAUGUUCUUAAUAUACAGUUUCAAAAACUACAUAUAUUAUUUAGUUGUAACAGACAUGCGUAGACCGUAAACCUUUUUCAUACCACCUUAUUAUGCUAAAUUAUUGUUGUAGAAAGAAACAGCGAUCUUGGAACCACCAGCCCUGCAGUGGACAUUCCAGAUCACCCAGAUGACCAGGUUACAGGUACGCCAAAUUCAAAUAGAUUACCAUGCUUGCAUGCAUAUUUUCGUUAUCAUCAACCUAAAAGAUACAGUUAAGAUAUCAAACAAGACAUUUAAAGGGAAAUGAAUCAGCAGUAGGAAUGUACGUUUUUAAGAACUGUACAUAGCUACUAUGCGGAGAAGCGCAUAUUCUUAAUAUACUGUUUCACAAAAACUAAAUAUAUUAUUUAGCUGUAACAGACAUGCGUAGACGUAAACCUUUUUCAUACCACCUUACUAUGCUAAAUUAUUGUUGUAGAAAGAAACAGCGACCUUGGAACCACCAGCUCUGCUGUGGACAUUCCAAGUCACCCAGAUGACCAGGUUACAGGUACAUGUACGCCAAAUUCAAAUAGACUACCAUGCUUGCAUAUUUUCGUUAUCAUCAGCCUAAAAGAUACAGUUAAGCUAUCAAACGCAACAUUUAAAGGGAAAUGAAUCAGCAGUAUGAAUGUACGUUUUUAAGAACUGUACAUAGCUACUAUGCGGAUAAGUGCAUAUUCUUAAUAUACUGUUUCACAAAAACUAAAUAUAUUAUUUAGCUGUAACAGACAUGCGUAGACCGUAAACCUUUUUCAUAUCACCUUACUAUGCUAAAUUAUUGUUGUAGAAAGAAACUGCGAUCUUCGAACCUCCAGUUCUGCUGUGGACAUUCCAGAUCACCCACAUGGCCAGGUUACAGGUAUGCUAAAUUGAAAUACAUUACCAUGCUCGCAUAUUUUCGUUAUCAUCAGCCUAAAAAAAUACAGUUAAGCUAUCAAACACAACAUUUAAAGGGAAAUGAAUCAGCAGUAUGAAUGUACGUUUUUAAGAACUGCACAUAGCUACUAUGCGAAGAACCGUACAUUCUUAAUACACUGUUUCAAAAAACUACAUAUAUUAUUUAGCCGUAACAGACAUACGUAGACCGUAAACCUUUUUCAUACCACCUUACUAUGCUAAAUUAUUGUUGUAGAAAGAAACAGACAUGCGUAGACCGUAAACCUUUCUCAUACCACCUUACUAUGCUAAAUUAUUGUUAUAGAAAGAAACACACAUGCGUAGACCGUAAACCUUUUCCAUACCACCUUACUAUGCUAAAUUAUUGUUGUAGAAAGAAACAGCGAUCUUGGAAUCACCUCUGCUGUGGACAUUCCAAGUCACCCAGAUGACCAGGUUACAGGUACAUGUACGCCAAAUUCAAAUAGAUUACCAUGCUUGCAUAUUUUCGUUAUCAUCAGCCUAAAAGAUGCAGUUAAGCUAUCAAACACAACAUUUAAAGGGAAAUGAAUCAGCAGUAUGAAUGUACGUUUUUAAGAACUGUACAUAGCUACAGUACUAUGCGGAUAAGUGUAUAUUCUUAAUAUACUGUUUCACCAAAACUAAAUAUAUUAUUUAGCUGUAACAGACAUGCGUAGACCGUAAACCUUUUUCAUAUCACCUUACUAUGCUAAAUUAUUGUUGUAGAAAGAAACAGCGAUCUUGGAAUCACCUCUGCUGUGGACAUUCCAGAUAACCCAGAUGACCAGGUUACAGGUGCGCCAAAUUCAAACAGAUUACCAUGCUUGCAUGCAUAUUUUCGUUAUCUUCAACUUAAAAGAUACAGUUAAGAUAUCAAACAAGACAUUCAAAGGGAAAUGAAUCUGCAGUAUGAAUGUACGUUUUUAAGAACUGCACAUAGCUACAGUACUAUGCGGAGAAGCGCAUAUUCUUAAUAUUCUGUUUCAAAAACUAAAUAUAUUAUUUAGCUGUAACAGACAUGCGUAGAGCGUAAACCUUUUUCACAUCACCUUACUAUGCUAAAUUAUUGUUGUAGAAAGAAACAGCGAUCUUGGAAUCACCUCUGCUGUGGACAUUCCAAGUCACCCAGAUGACCAGGUUACAGGUACAUGUACGCCAAAUUCAAAUAGAUUACCAUGCUUGCAUAUUUUCGUUAUCAUCAGCCUAAAAGAUACAGUUAAGCUAUCAAACACAACAUUUAAAGGGAAAUGAAUCAGCAGUAUGAAUGUACGUUUUUAAGAACCGCUCAUAGCUACUAUGUGGAGAAGCGCAUAUUCUUAACUAUCACCUUACUAUGCUAAAUUAUUGUUCUAGAAAGAAACUGUGGUCUUGGAACCACCAGCUCUGCUGUGGACAUUCCAAGUCACCCAUAUGACCAGGUUAAAGGUACGCCAAAUUCAAACAGAUUACCAUGCUUGCAUGCAUAUUUUCGUUAUCUUCAACUUAAAAGAUACAGUUAAGAUAUCAAACAAGACAUUUAAAGGGAAAUGAAUCAGCAGUAUGAAUGUACGUUUUUAAGAACUGCACAUAGCUACUAUGCAGAGAAGCGCAUAUUCUUAAUAUACUGUUUCAAAAACUAAAUAUAUUAUUAAGCUGUAACAGACAUGCGUAGACUGUAAUCCUUUUUCAUACCACCUUACUAUGCUAAAUUAUUGUUGUAGAAAGAAACAGACAUGCGUAGACCGUAAACCUUUUUCAUACCACCUUACUAUGCUAAAUUAUUGUUGUAGAAAGAAACAGCGAUCUUGGAACCACCAGCCCUGCAGUGGACAUUCCAGAUCACCCAGAUGACCAGGUUACAGGUACGCCAAAUUCAAAUAGAUUACCAUGCUUGCAUGUAUAUUUUCGUUAUCAUCAACCUAAAAGAUACAGUUAAGAUAUCAAACAAGACAUUUAAAGGGAAAUGAAUCAGCAGUAGGAAUGUACGUUUUUAAGAACUGUACAUAGCUACUAUGCGGAGAAGUGCAUAUUCUUAAUAUACUGUUUCACAAAAACUAAAUAUAUUAUUUAGCUGUAACAGACAUGCGUAGACGUAAACCUUUUUCAUAUAACCUUACUAUCAAUGCUAAAUUAUUGUUGUAGAAAGAAACAGCGAUUUUCGAACCACCAGCUCUGCUGUGGACAUUCCAGAUCACCCAGAUGGCCAGGUUACAGGUAUGCCAAAUUGAAAUAGAUUACCAUGCUUGCAUAUUUUCGUUAUCAUCAGCCUAAAAGAUACAGUUAAGCUAUCAAACACAACAUUUAAAGGGAAAUGUAUCAGCAGGAUGAAUGUACAUUUUUAAGAACUGCACAUAGCUCAGUGGCGGACACUUUGAAAUAUUGGGGGGGGGGGGGCACGGGCUGAGAAUUUAUUGGGGGUCUGGGGGCAUGCCCCCUGGAAAAUUUUUUAAAUUUGGAUCCCGGAAAUGGCAUUUGCAGCAUUCAGUGAACACAUUUUGUAAAAAACUUUAGGUUUUCAAAACACUGUUUUAAUGGUCAUUUUGUUAUAAAUCACAUGCUAAGCAUAAAAAACCAACAUUUCAGAGAAAAUAUUUAUAUAAUUAUUUACAUUUGUGAAUAGAAUUGCAAGGUGGUUUAAUUUAACGUGCCAAGAAGAAUGUAAAAAUUUAUUCGCUAAGUGAGUGAAAUCUAUUCGCUGCGCACGCUUUUGUUUCGUUAAUUUAACAUAAAACCACAAAUUGGAAUGUUAAUUGAAUUAUCUAUUGUUUUUCAGCAUAAUAGUUUAAUACGCAUUCAAAUAUUAUCGUGCAGCAGGAAAUUUCGCCGCUAAAAAAAGAAAGAACAAAACAAAAAAGAACACAGAACAAAAAUGUCAAAAAGAAUGUAUAAAAUGCGUAUGUUCUGACAUGUACAGUAAAGAAACAUAUAUUAUUAUAUUGUUUGGUAUGUUGCUUACUUUUUUAGCUUCAGUUUUAUCAAAUAGUCAUCAUUCAAUAUGACAAUUACGUUAUAUGGGUGUGAUUUGUAUUAUUUGGUGCAAAAUUUUUACAGUCUUUCAAUAUUAUUGGGGGGGGCGGGGGGCUUUUGAAAGACUGUAAAAAUUUUGCACCAAAUAAUACAAAUCACACCCAUAUAACAUACUUCUCAUAUUGAAUGAUGACUAUUUGAUAAAACUGAAGCUCAUAAAGUAAGCAACAUACCAAACAAUAUAAUAAUAUAUGUUUCUGUACUGUACAUGUCACAACAUACGCAUUUUAUACAUUCUUUUUGACAUGUCCGCCGCUGUCAUAGCUACCAUGCGGAGAAGCGUACAUUCUUAAUACACUGUUUCAAAAAACUAAAUAUAUUAUUUAGCUGUAACAGAUAUGCGUAGACCGUAAACCUUUUUCAUAUCACCUUACUAUGCUAAAUUAUUGUUGUAGAAAGAAACAGCGAUCUUGGAAUCACCUCUGCUGUGGACAUUCCAGAUAACCCAGAUGACCAGGUUACAGGUAUGCCAAAUUCAAAUAGAUUACCAUGCUUGCAUAUUUUCGUUAUCAUGAACCUAAAAGAUACAGUUAAGACAUCAAACAAGACAUUUAAAGGCAAAUGAAUCAGCAGAAUGAAUGUACGUUUUUAAGAACUGUACAUAGCUACUAUGCGGAGAAGCGCAUAUUCUUAAUAUACUGUUUCAAAAACUAAAUAUAUUAUUUAGCUGUAACAGACAUGCGUAAACCUUUUUCAUAUCACCUUACUAUGCUAAACAAAGACGCUCUAUGGAGUGAUUACUCGCUGGGAUUAUUAAAAUAG